ACCUGUCGCGCAGUCUCGCGGCGUUCAUUGAAUGGCCCGGCACGCCUGCGCACUGAGGCCCAACAAAGGGCCGAACUAAGACGGUUCGCAAGUGAAUCUGAUGUAUUUAUGUCAUAAAAAUGGUGAAAUCUGUGAAGUGGCGAGUAGAAAUUAGGAUAUUCGACGUGUCGAACCAUGACCGGGGCAUCUGAAAAUGCCUACUUGGUGCGAGUGCGUGCGCAGGUGAUGUGCCGCGACGAGGGCACGGGCGGCUGGGUGGCGCUGGGCGGCGGCGGCCUGGCCGACGUCAUGGUCGGCCGGCGCGCCCGCCACAUCCACCGCCUCUCAGCCGGAGCAGAAAAUGGCGACACAACAUCUACGCCUGCCAGCGCACCCACACACGAGUACUACAUACACGGCAAACGGAUCAGCGACAAUAUGGUGGUCCUCGAAUGCACAAUAAAGAAGGACUUCCAAUACAACAAGGUGAUGCCAACCUUCCACCACUGGGUGACCGACGAGAAACGCUUUGGGCUUACCUUUCAAACGGCUGCGGACGCGCGGGCUUUCGACAAGGGCGUCAGGACUGCUAUUGAGGAGCUGCUAGACGGUCUGGGUGGCGCGUGGCCGUCACUUCACGCGUACAAAAAACUCAACCCAGCCCCCAAAGAGGAUGACGAGGAGCAGAACAUAUUUGAGUGUCUGAAUCUCCCUUCGGACUCUCGCUCCAGCUCCGAGAAUUCCACCGCCAGCCGCCGCCGGCCGGACCAGCUCACCCAGACGCCGAUUCUGUCCGCCAUUACGCUGCCCACGCACCCGCGCCCAGACUCUCUGAAGCAGUACGAAGUGCAAUUCGACGACAAAGUGGGCGACGACUCCGAUCCUGAUCGCUGCCCCUACGUGCAUCUUUCGGCGAUCCACGACUACACAUACCCAGCCGUGAGCGCCGCUGGCGUGAUCAGCUCGGAGAAGUCUUCGCCCAACACCAAGCCGCCUCUGCUCAAGCGAGACUCUGGGUCAAUAAAAAAGAUGCGUGGGUACACCGGACCGCCGCCGCUGCCCGGAAAGAAGCCGCCGGAUACCACCUUCCAAGCCAGGAUCAAAUGCAGGCAUUGCCACGAGUGGUACUUGGAGAGCGCAAACCGCGCCGGCGCAUGCGAGUACGCGCCGGACUGCUGCAAGUCUUGCGUGGAAUGCGUCAGCUGCAUCAAGUGCGCUCAGUGCAUGCUAUACCACUGCAUGUCUGACGGCGAGGGCGAUUUCAUGCAUCCCUGCGCCUGCGGCCCUCCCGACGACGCCUGCACCAAACGCUGGAUCGGCAUCACCCUCCUAAGCCUGAUAGUGCCGUGCCUGUGGUGUUAUUUGCCUCUCCGCUGUGUGCACCGCACCGCGCGCUCCGCUUCGCUCGCCGGCGGGCUCCACGCGCCCAUUAACUAGCGGAGAGCCGGCCCGCUCACUCGGGCUCCCGGCAGAGACAAUGACAAUGACAAACGUGACAGUGACGAGUGCGCGAAUUUCGGCCAAAA